AUGUUGGAUUACACUGGAAAAGAGGAUCAUGAAGCCCACAUGGCCCGAUUCGAAAGUCUUAUGACACUACACCAGUACAACGAGGGUAUUCGCUGCAGACUUUUCUCAACAACCCUGUCAGGACUGGCGCAAAAAUGGUUUUACAAAUUGGACCCAGGGUCCAUCCAUAACUUCAACGAGCUUUAUGAUGUGUUCAUGCAUCAAUUCUCCAGUUCCAAUAGAGCAGAGAAAACAACCAUGUCUUUAAUGGACAUACAACAGGAACCACAAGAAACCUUGAGCGAAUAUGCGGCUCGGUUCAACAUGGCUGCACUCGAAUUGGAGGAAUCUAAGGCUGCUGGGAAGGCGGAUGCUGAAAGGAAUAUGGCUAAAAAGACAGGCAAGAUGGAGGAACGAAACGAGAAUAGAUAUCCUGACAAGCCGUGUGUAAGGGCACCUCCGCCUCGAGGUCCAACCAUGUACAACAUCAACACUAAGCAGGAACAUCUGCCUAAGGCAGGUGAGAGGAAAACGGAAGAUGUGGAGCAUCGUCCUUUGAUAAGAGGAAGGACUAAAGACAGCGAGGAGGAUGUUAACCAUAGAUCUCUCGGGUUUACGAUGUAUACACCCCUAAAUCAAAGUCAGGAAGAUAUUUUCCAUACCAUCAAGAAUUAUCGCUGGUUCUACCCGCCAAGAUUCUACAAUGAAGGACCCUCGCAACUGGGACCCAACAGUCUGCUGUGUGAGUUCCACAGCCAGCUCGGACACACCACGGAAGGAUGCUCACACCUCAAGAAUAAACUCGAAAGUUUGGUCUGA